AUGGCCAGACCAUACUGUGUGGUAGUGGCCCUGCUGCUGCUGGCAGAGGUCUCCAGUCUUGGCAAAAGGGCUCCUAAAGCUGGGUUUGUGGCCAGGAUCACCGGAAAAGGCCUGGAAUAUGCCCGCCAGUAUAGAAUGGCCACCCUGAAGAAGGAGCUGUCCACCAUCGUUUUCUCAGGAAGCUUCAAGGCCAGUUGGAUGGGAAGUGUGAGCUAUGAGAUCAGGAGCCUGAGAAUCCGUAAUUUUGAACUCAGGGACUCCAAUCUGAGUCUGUGCCCAGGGCAAGGUAUCACGGCCUCCCUGUCCAACAGCUACGUGUCUGUCCACGGGAACUGGAAGGUGAAAAAGGGUUUCAUCACCUUACAGGGUACUUUUGAUUUGAGUGUGGAUGGCGUUUCCAUCUCAAUUUCUCUGAACUUGGGCAAAGACCCGUCUGGACGACCUACUGCCUCUGUGGCCUACUGCAGCAACUCUGUCGGCCUCGUCAGCAUUGACAUUUCCGGAAGCCUAAGCGGGCUCCUGAAACUCUUCCGUGAAAGAAUUGAAAAUACUCUAAAAAAUAUCUUGAAACAAAAGAUCUGCGAAAUGGUCAGGCAGUCAACAACCUCACACCUGGAGCCCUAUCUCCGGACCCUGCCAGUCACCUUGAGGAUUGACCAGGUCGCUGGCAUUGACUACCGUUUAGUGGGAGCUCCCCAGGUGACCUCCCAGGGCCUGGACACGCCCUUCAAGGGUAGAUUCUUUAGCCUCAGCCGGCGCUCCCCAGUCCCCUUUAGGGUUCCGCCUGUCGGGCUGCCCCAGGAGCAUGACCUCAUGAUCUACUUUGCGGUCUCCCAAUAUGUCUUCAACACAGCCAGCUGGGUUUACCACCGGGCUGGGCACAUGAACUUCACCGUCUGAAACAAGCACCUGGCCAGGUUGUACCCUAAUAUGGAGCUAGAGCUUGAGGUGUUGCCUGAAUCAGCUCCAUUCCUCAUGUUCACCCCUGGAAAUGUGACCCUCGUGCCAGUGAUAAACAUCCAGGCCCUUGCCCUCCCGCCCAACUCCUCCGACCGCAAGCCACUCUUCCAACUCAGGGCGAGAACCAACAUCUCCGCCACCAUCAAUGUGAGCUCCAACAGGAUCGGGGGCUCACUGACCCCAGCGAGAAAGCUGAAACUGGAGCUGACACACUCCUACAUCGAUGUCUUGAACGUGAAGUUGAUGGAAUCUAUCUUCAAUUACUAUGCAACCUACAUUAUAUACCCCUCUCUCAAUGCAAAGCUUGAGGAGGGCUUCCCACUUCCUCUGCCCAGGAACACCUACCUCAACAGCUUGCAGCUCCAAAUCCAUAAGAACUUCCUGCUUGUAGGGGCCAAUGUGGAAUAAGUUGAACUUAUUCCACCUGGGGAGCACCAGUGGCUGGAGAAGUGGACGAUAUCACAGCUGGACUUCCCGGCCUGCCCUGCGGAGCCCCGGGGCUGCGGCCAUUGUUUCCUCUCCCACUGA